AUGUCUCAUUCCUCAAUCGCACCGGAAGCCCACGAGAUAGUGGUACUAGGGGCUCUAAGUCAAGUUCCGGAUCUCGUCAAUGAAGUGGACGACGCGACAACGACCUCGAAUUUCGGGGUUUUACAAGGUGCCGUUGAUCUUUUUGAAGCAGCUUCGGGGGCAAUUCUUGCCAACGCCGCGAGCAGUGAAUUGUUCCAGGGCCUUUCUUCAAUUCAACCCCAGCCCACGGUUAUUGGGCAAGUCGUGGGACGAGCACACGACAUCUCUAAAGAUUUUCCUCCAGUUUGGUAUGUGAAUUUUCCAGCAAAUAGGGACAUGACUGAAUCCCAACGGGAGUCACUCCAGCAACAUCAACAAGCAAUAAUGGAUUUUAAGUGCUGGGCUAGUCUCAAAUGGUGGGCCAACGUCUUCCAGAUAUUACCAACUGAUGACAGUCCAUUCAACAAACUAGCCCAAAGUGGGCUUUUUGUGACAAUCGCAAUGAUGGAUUUACCACAAAUCUCCUGGCUGCGUUCUACGCGAGAACCCACCAGAAUUGAGAAAGGCAUCACCUGUCGCUUUCACGAGCUUCAUGACAAUAUCAUGAACAUGGCCAUGGAAACAUUCCACCAGCUUGAUGAAAUGUCUAGAAAUGCUUUAGAACCCGUGCUACAAGGGAUUGUUUUAACUGCGAGCGCCUCUACGGUCGACUACAAAGACUUGAAAAUGGUGCUGGCUGAGAAAUAUGAGUACAAAAGCCAAACUGACAGUAUAGUUUCAAGCAUUCGUAUGAUAUGCUUCACGAUCGGUGAGGCGUUUUACGAUGUUCAAGAAGGCAAGAACUCGAGCAGCCGAUGGGUUCAAUGCGAGGUGUGUUUCGUUCAGUAUGACGCAGAGUUUGAUCUGGAGGGUUGGAGAAGUCAUUCGAUUACCCUAAAUGAUGAGACAAGGAGAGCUACGGAAGCUUUCAUCAAUCAACGGACAAUCAACAUAUAA